GCGCGUUCAAGUGUGACGGCGUCCGUGCUGCGUCAGUUGCGCGCCUCCACGCUCCCGAUGCUCUCCUUUCCCCGACAGCCAGAAGAUAGAUGUUUCGAUUUCAGUCCCUGGAUGACGACUGUACAUUGGAGGAGGAAGAUGAUGGACUGAUUGAGGAGGAAGAUGAAAUCGACCAGUUUAAUGAUGACACCUUUGGAGCCGGGGCCAUCGAUGACGACUGGCAGGAAGAGCACAAACGCCUGGCGGAGCUCGAUGAGCGGGACGGGUUAGGAGUCGGGCCGGGAUUAGGAGGAGGAGAGGACGCCUCGUCCUCACUCGGUCUGCCUUCGUCUUCUGUUCAGCUCUCCUCGUCUUCCUCUGGGCUGCCAACACAAGAUGUGGACGAACGAUCGGGGGGAAGCGACUUGGCCGAGUCUCUGGCUCGGUUCAUUCUGGACGCUGACCCGGCAAUCGCUGGGGUCGGGGCAGCAGAGAGGCCCGCUCCCUCUCCCGGCUCUGCGGGGUCGGUUCUGUCUGCCCUGCGAGGACUGGAUCAGUCCAGAGUCCUGCAGCAGCCCUCCUCCAUGGCUCCAAAGCAACCCCCCCAGCACCAGCUGCUCCCAGGAGGCUCAGGCCUUCCUCCCCCCUCCAUGCUCAGCUAUCAGCAGCAGCAGCACCUGCUGCUCCGAGGUUCCGCUCCAAUGAGUCAGAUGAACUCUCACAACAUCUGGGAGAACAGCAUGGGCUUUGGACCGCUCAGUGUUACGCCUAAACUGGUACCGCACAUGGAGGAAGGCUCCUUGAUGUCAAUAAUCAAAGAGGCGGGGCUUCCUAAGCGUCCUCCUCAGGGGCGGGCCGAUGAAGGGCACGACCUGUCAGAGAGGGCUCCGCCUCCUCGCUCCUCUUCUCCUGUGAUUGGCUCUCCGCCGGUGAGGGCGGUGCCUAUUGGGACCCCACCCAAGCACCCUAUGAGCCUGAACCAUCAGAUCCACCAUCCCACGGCGGUUCAUGUGAGAGCCCCGAUCCAGCACCGAUACCCUGCCCCUUUCCCUGAGCGCCUGUCCCCCAACACGCUCCUCAACAUAGCUAACUCUCCGUUGUGUCGCGGCCCGUUCCCUCCCAGAGUCGGCCCGGUUCUGUCUCAGCUCCAGCGAGCGCAGCUGCUUAAUUCUCAGGUGGCAGGCUUUCCUCGCGGUGGCCCCGGUCCUCCUCUGUUAGCUGGUGGAGGUUUCAGGCCUUUCUUUGGGGGGCCCCCUCCGCCUCACGGCCACAGGAUGGGUCCCCCGCCGCCUCACGGCCCCCACAACCACACAGCUCCCAUCAGGCACAACACGACGCACCUCCACCCACAGCACCGCCGCUUGCUAACGCAGCGCAUGCAGAGCAGAGGAGGUGACCGAGGCAGGACAGGCCUGGACCGGCGCAGCAGAGACCCCUACAGUAACUUGAUGAGUCAGAAGGAGAAGGAGUGGGUGACUAAGAUCCAGAUGAUGCAGCUGCAGAGCACCGACCCUUACCUGGACGACUAUUACUACCAGAACUACUAUGAAAAGAUGGAGAAACGGCAGGAGAGGGAGCGAGACAGCAGCAGCAAGAAGGAACAUGCCACCAAGCUGAUCACUCCGCAGGUCGCCAAGGUGGAACACACCUACAGGCCAGUUCAGUUUGCAGGAUCUCUAGGGAAGCUUACAGUGUCCAGCGUGAACAACCCGCGAAAGAUGAUCGACGCCGUGGUGACGACUCGCUCCGACGACGAGGAGAAGAGAGAGAAGCAGGUUUGGAACAAGAGGCGUCAGAUCCUCUACACCGUGGAGAAGAUGUACAGUUUGCUACUGGAGGUCCAAGACUUCGAGAAACGUUUUGUUCAGACUCCAGAGGAGGAGAGGGAGGCCCUGCUGGAGCAGCAUAAGACCAACACGGAGCAGCUGUGCAGCUCCCUGCAGGAGAAGGAGUGGGAAGACAGAGUGAGUGAUGAGCAGUGCGUGAUGAUCAUGUCAGUGAGGAAGGGCAAGCGGCUCAUCGCCAGGCUCCUCCCCUUCCUGCCCGCAUCCCAGGGUGCUGCCGUUGUCAUGGUGAUUGCUCGCAACCUCCCUGCCUUGGCGAAGAAGGACAAGCAGGACCAGGUGUUAUGCUGCUUGGUGGAGCCGGUCUCUGCAGUCAUUCAGUCGCUGUCCAGCUCCGCCCUCACAGACCUGCUGCAGGAGCUUCAAGGUGGCGACGGUCAGCUGGCCGGCGUUCUGCAAAACAAGUUUGGAGUGACGCUGCUGUACCUGAUCCUAAGUGAAGGAGAGCGGAUGCAGAGUUCCGACCCAAACUGCCAACUCAUGGAUGACAAUCGAUGGACAGAGUUGGUGUUUUCAGUGACGAGGGAGCUGCUCGGCGUCCCGUCUUCGUCCCUCUCCCCUCCCCUCUUCACUCCUCCCAACCUGCUCUCUCUGUUCUCGCGCUACGUGGAUCGGCAGCGGCUGGAGCUGUUACAAGACAAGCUACAGAUCUCAGCUUCAUCCAGGUAGAAGUUACAUCAUCAUUGACGACGUUGACCCCACCCCCCGGCCCAGUACAUGCAGAAUUUCAGUGUGUGUCAGAGUGUGUGUGGUGUGUAUGAGUGUUUGGUCUGGAUGAUUUUAACGCAGAAGAAUCUCUAGUCACAUUUGUUUCUGUGUUUAGUCCGAUGUUCUGCUUGUGUGCGUCUGUGUGGAUGAUUGUAAAAUUAUGUGAAACAAUCUGAAUCAUAACAAAAAUCAGUUCUGCAUUUUUAAAUAUCUUGUUUACAAUUAUGCCUGUGAUAAAAAUUAAAAAGUAUUUCUAUUAUAUAACAA